AUGGAACAAAAUACAAAAUUACAUAUUAUUAUUAAAAUUGCUGUUUUACUUUUUUUAAGGUGGAUAUUCAAAUUUAACCGUGAUUCGAGUAAAUUUAGUAAAUCUAUGCAUGAGAAUUGCUGUAUUAGUAGACGAUUAUAUACGAGAAAUUAUAGAUCAUUAGCCAAAUAUAAAAAGAAUAAGGAUUCAAAUAAUAUUUGUUUGGAAGAAGAUAUAAAAAGUAAUAAAGUGAAUGAACAAAAAGAUAUAACUUAUAAUAAAAAAAAGGGCAAAAGAACAAACAAAUUACCAAAUAAAAGCUUAUUAGAUAAAUCGCAAUACUAUACAGAAGUUAUAGAUUAUAAUAAUGGAAUGUUUGAUGGAAAGCAUUACCAUUUUGAAAAAAAAUGGAUCAAAAAAAAAGAUUAUGACAAUUUUCUUGAAAAAAAAAGGAGAAUUAAUGAUAUAGCUUUAAAAAAAAUAAAAUUUAGAAGUUACGGAUUUGGAACUGCCAUAUUCUUUCUUUUUUUCUUAUUUGGAAUAGGGUUACCCAUAUUACGGACUUUUGACUUGGUUGAGCAAUCAGCUUUUACACCAUUUAAAACUUGUUGGGAAUUUAUAUAUAAAGGAUUAAAUCUAGGAGCAAUUGAAGCAGGAUCAUCAGUACCAGGGGUAGAAAAUUUUUAUUUAGCAGUAUUUUUAGUACUUAUGAUUAUAUUAGCUGCUUUAAUUAUAGCAGCGAUUCCUAAGAUUUUACGAAAUAAUGAAAAAUAUAAAAAACAUAAGUAUAUGUCUGAGGGAGAUGAAUAA